AUGCAGGCAGCUUCGAUAUUUAAUGGAAAAUAUGUAGUUUAAAAGAAGUUAUCAUCUGGAUCUUUCGGAGUGGUUCUAUUGGGACAUGAUAAGGAUAAGAAUGUGGACGUGGCAAUAAAAAUAGAGAAGGAGGAAAAUGAGGAUGUGCGUUCUUUGGAAAGGGAAGUUCUGGUGCUGGAAAGAUUAAAUGGAAUUGAGGGGGUUCCCAAGAUGUUUUGGCAUGGUGAGUAGGAUGAAUACAAUGUUAUUGUAAUGCAGAUUUUGGGGAAGGACUUAGCACAUUAUAUGAAAAGCAAAAAGAAGUUUUCGUUUAAAACAGCAAUCCAAUUGGGAAUUUAAAUAGUUAAGGUUUUGGAGCGGAUCCACAAUCAGGGAGUGGUGCAUAGAGAUUUGAAGCCAGAGAAUGUGCUGUUUGGCAUUGAUGAUGAAUCUUCUAAAAUUUAUGUGAUUGAUUUUGGAAUUAGUAAAAUAUUCAGAGAUAAAAAUGGAAAGAUCCAUCCUUUUCGUGACAACACAUCCUUCAUUGGGACCACUAGAUAUGCUUCAAUAGCAGCACAUAAGGGGUAUGAGUUGAGUAGGAAAGAUGACAUCGAAUCCUUGAUUUAUGUUUUGUUGUACUUCAUGAAAGGGCAGUUGCCAUGGCAAAAUAUGUAGAAUGUCAGCGAUGAAGAAAGAACAGUGAAAGUGGGGGAAAUGAAGAUGUCAAUAGAUCCCAGGGAACUAUGCAAGGACGUACCAAUCGAAUUCGCUAUCAUUCUUGAGUAUCUCAAAUCACUGGAGUAUCAGAGCGAUCCUAAUUAUAAUUUUGUGUAUUAAUAGUUUGAAAAGGCUGCAGCUAAUUUGGGGGUUCAAUUGGACUUCACUUUUGAUUGGGAUUAGUAAUAGCCCAUGAAGAUAUCGCAAAAUACUAAUUAGGAAGGCAUAUAGCGAUAGACUACUUUGAAUCAACAAUUAUAAUUGCCAUCGACAGGCGAAAUGAAAAAAUCAUUAGAUAAAUAGGGAAGCAAUUUGAUCAGAUAUAAUAGUCAAUUCUUAGCUCCUCCUUUAGCAAAUUAGUUACAGCCUCACACUCUAAAAAGACAAGAUUCUUCUCAGUAACCGAGCAUAGUGUCAGGCAGUGUUAUGUUGAGUACAUACAAUUCAAUAAGGCCGAAAUAUUAGCCUUCUUAGUUGGGUUUCGAUGUCAAGUUGAGUGUGGAUAGCAUGCCUAAGGAACUGAUUCAGGAGCAGAGGAAAACAGCUGGGUCGGCAUAAUAGAAGAAUGUCCAAAAUCUGUAUACUGAAACAGUUGGCUGGAGAGAUUCGAUCUUUGAGGAGAACUUUGAAGAAAUCCCGUUAUCUAAAAAGUAUGGGAUGCUUUAAUAGAAAGGAGUGGAUAUGUAUAGGAAACCCAUGCAUUCCAGUGCUAGUCCGAAUAGACAAAAGAAAAAAAAUUGA